CAGACACGACACUCCAUCCACCAUGAAGCUCCUGGUACUACUCACAACCCUCGUGGCGGCGAAGUCUGACAAACUUCCGAGCUACAACUUGCCUGCGCCCUCUGGCCCAAAUGGUCCUGAAGGUAGCUGCAGAAACGGCGAAAUUCGCCAUGUGGACGGCACCUGUGUAGUUCCUAAAGUUACACGAAACUUGUUUGUGUAUAACGCCCCUGAACAGCCUACCGAGUCUUACGGACCACCACCAGACAUCCCUCCCCCUCAGGUGUCCCACAACAUCUUGUUCAUCCGCACUCCUGAAGGAGGCCAGGGACCUGAGCCCAUCAUCGUGCCGCCGCCCAGGCAGCAACACGUAGUGUACGUCCUCAACAAACAGUCAGAACAGAGUCAGCGAGUCAUCGAGGUUCCUGCUCCACCGUCCGAGAACCCUGAGGUGUACUUCGUCAACUAUGGUGAAGGAGAUAACCCGACCCUGCCUGGUGGUAUAGACUUCCAGACCGCCCUCAACUCUGCAAUCCAAGGUGAUGGUCAGGUCAUCGGCGGCGCUGGAGGACUUGGUGCAGGAAGCGGAGUUGGUGGUGGCAGCUUGGGUGGUAGUGAUGGAUUUAGUGGGAUCGGCGUCGGUGGCAAUGGGGGCAUAGGGGGUCGAGUUGAAGGCAGCAACGUUGGUUUUGGAGGCAAUGGUUUAGGACAUGGAAGUAGCGUCGGAGGCACUAGUGGUGGGGGUUACGGAGGUAGCGGUGGAGUUGGAGUCAACGUUGGAAGCAGCAGUAGUGGAUUUGGAGGUAAUGGUGGAGGCAUCAGUGGUGGGUUUGGAGGUAAUGUUGGAGGCAACAAUGGUGGCUUUGGAGGCAACUUUGGAGGCAGUAGUGGAUUUGGAGGCAACGUUGGGGGCAGCAGUGGUGGUUAUGCAGCUAACGGUGGCAGCAGCAGUGGCGGAUCUGGAGGUAAUGUUGGAGGAAUCAGUGGUGGGUUUGGAGGUAAUGUUGGAGGCAUCAGUGGUGGGUUUGGAGGGAACACUGGAGGCAGUCCAAGUAGUUCUGAACAUGGCAGCGAAGGUUAUGAUGACAAUAGUGGAGAAAGUAGCGGAAGUUUUGGAGGUAAUGCUGGAGGUAUCAGUAGCAGCCUUGGAGGUAGUGUUGCUGGUAGCAGAGGCAGUUACGGAAGAAAUGGUGGAAGGACAAGUGGUAGUUUUGGAGGUCAAGUUGGAAGCACCAGUGUUGGUUUUGGAGGUAACGGAGUUAGCAGUGGUGGAUUUGGAGGUAACGGAGUUAGCAGUGGUGGAUUUGGCGGUAACAAUGGAGGCAGCAAUGGUGGAUUUAGAGGUAACGGAGUUAGCAGCGGUGGUUACAAUGGUAACGCUGGAAGCAACAGUGGUGGAUUUGGAGGUAACGGAGUUAGCAGUGGUGGAUUUGGCGGUAACAAUGGAGGCAGCAAUGGUGGAUUUGGAGGUAGCGGAGUUAGCAGCGGUGGUUACAAUGGUAACGCUGGAAGCAACAGUGGUGGAUUUGGAAGUAACGGAGUUAGCAGCGGUGGAUUUGGAGGUAACGGAGUUAGCAGCAGUGGAUUUGGAGGUAACAAUGGAGGCAGCAAUGGUGGAUUUGGAGGUAGCGGAGUUAGCAGCGGUGGUUACAAUGGUAACGCUGGAAGCAACAGUGGUGGAUUUGGAGGUAACGGAGUUAGCAGCGGUGGAUUUGGAGGUAACGGAGUUAGCAGCAGUGGAUUUGGAGGUAACAAUGGAGGCAGCAAUGGUGGUUACAGAGGCAACACUGGAGGAAGCAGUGGAGGCAACGGCGGAUUUAUCAUCGUCAAAGGAGUCAAAAAUGGUCUUGAUGGGGUCGUUGGAGGUAAUGGUUUUGGUGGCAACGCUGGUGGUGGGAGUGCUAGUGAUGCCAAGCUUGGCGGCGGCGUCGGGUCUGCUGCCGUUGUGGCCACUCCAGGUCGCGAGUACAAUCCUCCCUCGAACGUUAACACCCCUUCUGGCCAGUAAGCAACACCCUAAACAAGACACGCCCGCCCCCGGCUACGUCCUGGACCUAGACGAAC